AUGAUCAUCACUCGUUUGUUCACGGCCACGACCUUCAUGGUUGCAGCCUUGGCAGCUUCAGUGACUCCGAGAGCUGCCAAGCCUUGGUCGAACUUCAACAACAACGCUGUGUUCAAACCAAAGCAGGAAGCUACUAGCUGGCGCACUCUGUACGGUCGAACCCUCCAGCUCCCCGACAAGUCACUCCUCCUCUCAUGGGAGGACUAUGAUCCUGACUCAAAGUUGACUUACUUUCCCAUCUACAAGUCAACUGAUGGAGGUGCCUCAUACAACCCAUUUUCCAGGGUUGAUGACCAGGUCAAUGGCUGGGGGAACUGGUAUCAGCCUUUUCUGUAUUCGCUUCCCCAGGACUUUGGAGGCUAUCGCAAAGGCACCAUCCUUCUAGCUGGCGUUUCGACUCCUCGAAAUCUCACCAAAGCCUACAUCGAUCUUUACGCUAGCACUAACCAAGGCAAAGAUUGGGAGUUUGUCAGUCACAUUGUCUACGGUCCAGGACCCGAAACCGUCACUCAAGGAGAUCAAGCCGUCUGGGAGCCAUUCUUAAUGAUGCACAGCGGCCAACUCGUUGUCUACUACUCUACUCAAGUAGAUCCCAAGUACAACCAGAAACUCUCCCACAAGACGACGAAAGACCUCCGAAAUUGGAGCAAAGAAGUCGACGACGUUGCGUAUCUCAAUGCCUCACAGCGUCCUGGUAUGGCAACUGUCGCAUUUAGCCCGGUUUCCAAGAAGUACGUCAUGACUUUUGAGUACUGUGGUGGGCCUCUCACUGGUGGCUGCUCAGUUUACUACAAGGUCUCCCAGGACCCUCUCCAAUUUGGCGCUGCUACCGCACAGCCUAUUAUUCCUAACGACGGCAAACUAAACCCCAACGGUAGCCCCUUCGUUAUUUGGACGCCUGAGCCUGGACAGAACAACAAAGGCAUUUUUAUUGCGAAUGGAAAUAGCCGUGAAGAGGUUUUUGUCAACACAGAUUCUCUGGACCCAAAAGGCUGGAAGCCGGUCAAUGUCGGACAGUGGUCAGCGUAUUCACGAGAGCUUCGUAUAAUCCAGACACCCGAGACAAGUGUUGCUGAGGGAAAGCCGAAACUGCUCAUUACGAAUGGUGGAAACAUCGGUUGUUCUGGGUCGUGCUACAACUAUGUUGCCGAUGGGCUUGUGGAUAUUCCCAACUAUCCCCGUGCUUAA